CCUCAGUCGCCUGAAGCUUCUUCAUCUUCAGAGUCGCAAUCCACUCCCCUUCCAUGCCGUCCUCGCCGUCGCGGCCGCCGGCGGCGGAGGAGGUCUCCGACGAUGAGAUGUCCGACGGAGAGGUACCGCCUCGCCAGUCCGCGGCGUCCUUAGUCAGGGGAGCGGCGAACCGCGCCGCGCCGGGCUCGGCCGGCGAAGAGGAAGAGGAGAUUUACGACGACGACGACGACGAGAGCUCCGAUUACGACAACUCCUACGACGACGACGACGAAUCCGAUGAGAGCGGCUCGUACUACGAAGACGGCGAGGAGGAGGAGGAGGAGGGCGCCCGCGGGGACAGGGCCUCCGGGCGCGCGGAGGAGGAGGAGGCUGCGCCGGCCGGCGUGGGCGGCGGCGCGGAGGCGGAGGGGAGUCCCCGGGCGGCGGCCACCUGCUGCAUCUGCAUGGAUUCCUGGGCCUCCUACGGCGCUCACCGCAUCUGCUGCAUUCCCUGUGGACAUGUCUACGGCAGAUCCUGCUUGGAGAGGUGGCUGCGCCGCGGCGGCAACACGAGCGCCAAGUGCCCUCAGUGCAGUGAAAGGUUCAAGCACAGGCACAUCAUCAAUCUCUACUCGUCGUCGGUGCAUCUCUGGAACGAUUGCUGCCUCAAAGAGGCUGGUCGUGGGCAUGGGGCCGAAGGCUCAUGGUCGACAGCCGGUUCUGGAUGCCGUGGUCACUCCUUCUAUCUCCUACACACAGGUCCAAGCUACCGACCCGAGCCUGAGCCAGCGCAUGAGCACGACCAUGACAGGUGCGUAGUCACACUCCCUCCUAGCCGAGCGGCACUAUGCCUACAUGGAGUACACACGCCAGGAGACUAUGGCGUGGAGCGCAAGAUUUGCAGCCGUCGAGGACCACAACACUCGCAUGAUGACGCAUGUAGCUCAUUUGUGAGAGCAUGGCGGCCCGCACGGUUCCUCUAAUGGAACCACCACCACCUAUUGGACCACAACCAGUGCUGCUUACCUUCGAGGAAUUUCUGGCACAACACCCAGGGACUACGGUGGGAAUCGGUGGAUCAUUCGUUGGUGGUGAUGUCGGUCAGGGCGUCACUCCCGAGUCACGGAGCCCGGUCACUCCGAUCCAUCGAGGCGGUGGCGGUCUUGGCGGUAGCGUUGCCGCUAGCAGUGACGACCUGGGCUUUGUCGGACUUGGCGGUGGUGGUGGACGUCCUGGCGCUUA